CAAAAUGGAGGCGUGGAAGCUAGAACAUGUCAUAGAAGCUUUAAUGUUAUUUACCAGUAUGCUGUUUGUUUCUGGUGUCAAUUCACAAACACUUGUCACCAUUACAAACGGUAAACUCGAAGGAAUCAAGGAGUCGGUUCAGGGGAAAACGCUUAAUAGGUUCAUGGGGAUUCCGUUUGCCAAACCGCCUCUGGGGGCUUUGCGCUUCAUGAAACCUCAGCCGGCAGGUAACUGGACAGGUGUUAAAAAUGCCACGAAACAUGGCCCGUCUUGUAUGCAGACUUGGGUGCCAGAUUUUUACCAGUCGGAAGACUGUCUGACCCUUAACGUGCUCGUACCUGGAGUUUUCAAUGCCAGCCUAAGUAAGGCGGUAAUGGUCUGGAUAUACGGAGGGGGGUACAAUAUGGGUGGGUCGGUAUACUAUAUAUUUGAUGACUUGGCUGUGGAAGAUGACGUCAUAGUGGUGACAGUCAAUUACCGCGUGGGUCCAUUCGGAUUCCUGAGCACUGGUGACGUCAACGCUCCUGGUAACGCAGGACUCUGGGAUCAAAUAGAGGGACUGAAAUGGGUGCGAGACAACAUAGCCAGCUUCGGAGGGGAUCCUAAUAGGAUUACUAUAUUUGGCGAAUCAGCUGGUGCAAGCAGCGUUUCCCAACUUGCCAUGACAACAGCCACAAAAGGUCUUUUCCAUCGAGUCAUCAGCCAAAGCGGAGCAGCACUGAGCCCAUGGGCCUGGGUACACGAUGCCAUCGACGUUGCUAUGACAAUCGGUAAUCUUCUCGGCUGUAACGCAACAACCACAGACACAGCAAAACUUGUUCGAUGCUUACAAAACCAAGACUCUGUAGCACUAAUAAACGCCAGCAGCCAAAUCACUGCUGGGAGGACUUAUUUCGGGUUUAGCCCUGUUGUGGAUGGAGACUUCUUUCCUCGGUCUGUCACGGAACUGCUGAAAGAUACUGAUUCGGAUGUGUUACGUCACUUCCGGUCUGUGGACUACUUAAUUGGUUUCACUGAUUCUGAUGGUGGAGUCUUUCUCUUCAAGUUACCAUUCAACUACACCUCAGGUAUACCUGGAGACAAAUUACGUGACACGCUCAUUCCACAACUUGCUCUUCAAAUUUCAGCGCUGCAUAAGGAUGAAAUCGAGGCUAAGAUGAAAGACAUUUACUAUGAUCCCUCGGCCGACAAGGAGGCCACUGCCCGCCAUUAUGUGGAUUUGUUAACGGAUUUAGAGUUUGCAGGGCCGACGUUGACUCUUCUCACAAGCCACUUGACUUCAACCAACAAGUCGUCUUAUCUGUAUUUGUUCACGAAAAUCCCGUCUUGGCAAAGUGCGCUAUCAUGGUUCAGAGGAUCUAACCAUGCCGCAGACAUAGGCUUCAUCAUAGGUCCAAAUGUUAGUCACACUACAUGGAAUGUGACCUUCAACGAAGGAGAGCGGAGGUUUUCAAGAUCGAUGCAGACAUAUUGGUCAAACUUCGCCAAAACUGGCAAUCCAAAUUUACCAAAAGCAGUUCCCACUGAAUGGAAACAAUACACAGAUUCUCAGAAGCAUUAUCUAGAGCUCGGAGAUGACAUCACCAGUAAAAUGGACGUGAUUCCAAAGCGUAUGAAAUUGUGGCUUGAGUCUAUUCCACAGAUAUUGUCACGUGAUAAAAACGUCAUACCAUCGCCAACCAACAUCAGUAAAGGCAAUAACUGCUGGAUGAGUUCGCUCGUUCUCUUCCUAGCUGGGUGUUUUUAUUUUAGCAUUAUUUAACAUUUAGAUACUGAUUCAUAG